GGCAUAAGUAUACUUUUAUAGUGUAUUAUUAUUAUACAAGUUAUUUAACAUUAAUUUACAUUUAAUUGACUGACUGUUAAUCUUAUCUCACUUUAUGGGUGGGUCUAAGUUAACUAGGCUUAUAAGGAUUAGGUACCUACUUGAUAGUGAUGAAACCUAAAAUGUUUGUAGCUUUCACAUUUUGAUUUUAAAGUGAUUCUCCAAAUUUAAACUUUUCAAUGGUACCAGUGCAGAGGACGAUCGGAAUAUGGGACUACGCUGUUCUCUGUGUAACUUUGCUCACCUCACUCAGCAUUGGAAUAUACUUCAGGUGUUCUGGUGGAAAACAGAAAACAACUCAGGAAUAUCUGCUGGGUGAUCGUAACCAGAGUGUUCUCCCAGUGGCUGUGUCGCUGAUGGCCAGCUUCAUGUCAGCCAUCACCCUGCUCGGAGUAACGGCUGAAGUCUACAUGUUCGGAACGCUCUUCCUCACCAUCAUCGGCAGUUACGUUGUGUUCACGGCUGUCGCAGCAUAUCUUUACCUUCCUGUGUUCUUUAAGUUGGGCGCUACUUCUGUUUACGAGUACCUGGAGCAGAGGUUCGGCCCCCGAGUACGUCUGGCUGCCUCCCUACUCUACUCUCUCCAGAUGGUGCUGUACAUGGGCGUAGUGUUGUACGCUCCUGCCAUCGCCUUGGAGGCUCUCACUGGUCUGUCACGCAACUUCUCCAUCUUGUUGGUCGGAAGUGUUUGCACAGCGUAUUCCACUGUCGGCGGGAUAAAGGCAGUCAUUUGGACGGACGUGUUUCAGUCAGGCUUGAUGUACCUGUCGCUGUUCAGUGUAGUUGGAGUAGGAAUUUGGAAGAACGGCGGCAUUGCUCCCAUCUUCAGGAUAGCUGAGGAGCAUGGCAGGAUAGAGUUCUUCAAUCUCAGCCCGGAUCCCACGGUCAGACACACAACAUGGACACUGGCUGUUGGAGGAGGCUUCACUUUUCUGUCUCUCUACGCAGUGAACCAGACGCAGAUUCAGAGAUACCUCACCAUGAAGGACCACAAGACAGCUGUCCGGUCCCUGUGGAUCUCUCUGCCCUUUCUCUACAUUCUGUUGAUAGCUUGCGGACUUGCUGGCCUGUCUAUCUUCUCUGUCUACUACGCUUGCGAUCCUGUUAGCUCUGGCAGGAUCAAGAGUCUCGACCAGCUGAUGCCUCUGUUUGUCAUGGAUAUGAUGGGAUCCGUGCCUGGUCUCUCGGGAUUGUUUGCCGCUGGAAUAUUCUCCGCUUCCCUGUCCAGUGUGUCUCCCUGCGUCAACUCAUUGGCUGCUGUUACUAUGGAAGACUAUCUUAAGCCCCUGUAUCGCCUUGCUCCCAAAACGCAACUCACACAUACAACAGCUCUCACCAAGUGUCUUGUCCUGGCUUACGGAGUGGCUUGUGUCACAGUAGCGUUCCUGGCACAGUACCUGGGAGGUCUACUACAAGCAGGACUGUCUAUCCUAGGCAUUGUAGGAGGUCCUCUACUGGGCACCUCCACACUAACAGUAGCGUUCCUGGCACAGUACCUGGGAGGUCUACUACAAGCAGGACUGUCUAUCCUAGGCAUUGUAGCGUUCCUGGCACAGUACCUGGGAGGUCUACUACAAGCAGGACUGUCUAUCCUAGGCAUUGUAGCGUUCCUGGCACAGUACCUGGGAGGUCUACUACAAGCAGGACUGUCUAUCCUAGGCAUUGUAGGAGGUCCUCUACUGGGCACCUUCACUCUGGGCAUGUUUGUGCCCCCUGCCAAUGAACCGGGUGCUUUAGCUGGUAUGCUAUUGGGCCUUACCUCCUCGGUGUGGCUUGGUUUUGGAGGCCCCAAACCCCGACCCACCCCUCUGCCACUGUCCACUGCUGGCUGCAAUGUGACGACCUCUGUUGUACUUACUGAUGUACUUACCACCACGGUUAGCUCGUUGGUCACUCCUCAACCCUCCGAUCCAGUGGACUACCAAUACAUGUUUAGGCUGAGCUACUUGUUGUAUGUUGUGAUCAGCUGUUUAGUAACACUGCUAGUCGGCUGCUUAGUUAGUUGUCUUGCACGGGCGUGCGGACACAUACCCAGACCUCUGGACCCAGAUCAUUUCUCUCCCCCGGUAGCCAGUUACCUCCGUAGAAAACUCCGCAGACAAGAGAUGACACUACACCAGCAAAUGUUAGAACAAAAUGACGUGGUCAAGUUACCAAAUUGAAAACUAGACUGAAAAUUAAAUGACAAUAAGGUAUUGUGAUGUAUGUCGUGCUUCCAUUGUAUUAUAUUUAUUUACCAUGUAAAUUAUUAAAUAGCUAUUAUUUUCUUGGUUGUUCAAGAAUGUAUUAUUAUACAUGUAUUGAUGUUAUAGUUUUUAGAAAUAUAUAUUAC